CGCUCGGAGCCCGCUCGCUUUUGGCAGCCGAGGUGUGCGGCUGUCUAGGACGUUGCAGGCGCUGGGGACUGGAGGAGAUCCCCCUCCUUGUGCAGUUGCUGCACUUCCUGUCUUGUGACCACAGGGUUGACAAAUUUGUUCUGAAGAUCAGAAAGAAGCGGGUUUCUGGUCCCACACCAGUACCACCGAGGACAGCUUUUCUCUGAGAUUUGGUGUCUAAAGCAAUAAAAAAAUGGCCAGAGGAUCAGUGUCGGAUGAAGAAAUGAUGGAGCUCAGGGAAGCUUUUGCCAAAGUUGAUACCGAUGGCAACGGGUACAUCACCUGCAAUGAAUUGAAUGACUUGUUCAAGGCCGCUUGCUUGCCUCUGCCUGGGUACAGGGUGAGAGAAAUCUCAGAAAACUUGAUGGCUACAGGUGAUCUGGACCAGGAUGGGAAGAUAAGCUUUGAUGAGUUUAUCAAGGUUUUUCAUGGCCUAAAAAGCACAGAAGUUGCCAAGACCUUUAGGAAAGCAAUCAAUAAGAAAGAAGGGAUCUGUGCAAUCGGUGGUACUUCAGAGCAGUCUAGUGUCGGCACCCAGCACUCCUAUUCAGAGGAAGAGAAAUAUGCCUUUGUCAACUGGAUAAACAAAGCCCUAGAAAACGACCCCGACUGUCGGCAUGUCAUCCCAAUGAAUCCAAACACAAACGAUCUCUUCAGUGCUGUUGGGGAUGGCAUUGUCCUUUGUAAAAUGAUUAACCUAUCAGUGCCAGACACAAUUGAUGAAAGAACAAUCAACAAAAAGAAACUCACCCCUUUCACCAUUCAGGAGAAUUUGAACCUGGCUCUGAACUCUGCCUCUGCCAUCGGGUGCCACGUGGUUAACAUCGGGGCAGAGGACUUAAAGGAGGGGAAGCCUUACCUGGUCCUGGGGCUUCUGUGGCAAGUCAUCAAGAUUGGGUUGUUUGCAGACAUUGAACUCAGCAGAAAUGAAGCUCUGAUUGCUCUUUUGAGAGAAGGAGAGAGCCUGGAGGAUCUGAUGAAACUCUCGCCUGAGGAGCUCCUGCUGAGAUGGGCUAAUUACCACCUGGAAAACGCAGGCUGCAACAAAAUCAGCAACUUCAGCACAGACAUCAAGGACUCAAAAGCUUAUUACCACCUGCUUGAACAGGUGGCUCCAAAGGGAGAUGAAGAAGGGAUCGCAGCCAUUGUCAUUGACACGUCAGGACUGCGGGAGAAGGAUGACACCCAGAGGGCGGAGUGCAUGUUGCAGCAGGCGGAGAGGCUGGGCUGCCGGCAGUUUGUCACAGCCACGGAUGUCGUCCGGGGAAACCCCAAGCUGAACUUGGCUUUCAUUGCCAACCUCUUUAACAGAUACCCUGCCCUGCACAAACCAGAGAACCAGGACAUCGACUGGGGGGCUCUUGAAGGUGAGACAAGGGAAGAGCGGACAUUUAGGAACUGGAUGAAUUCCUUGGGCGUUAAUCCUCGAGUCAAUCAUUUGUAUAGUGACUUAUCCGAUGCACUGGUCAUCUUCCAGCUCUAUGAAAAGAUUAAAGUCCCUGUUGACUGGAACAGAGUAAACAAACCACCAUACCCCAAACUGGGGGGCAAUAUGAAGAAGCUUGAGAAUUGUAACUAUGCAGUGGAAUUGGGGAAGAAUCAAGCUAAGUUCUCCCUGGUUGGCAUUGGUGGGCAAGAUCUCAAUGAAGGGAACCGCACUCUAACAUUGGCCCUGAUUUGGCAGUUAAUGAGAAGGUACACACUGAAUAUACUUGAAGACAUUGGAGGUGGGCAGAAGGUCAAUGAUGACAUCAUUGUCAACUGGGUGAAUGAAACAUUGAAGGAAGCAGAGAAAAGUUCAUCCAUCUCCAGUUUCAAGGACCCGAAAAUUAGCACAAGUCUGCCUGUUCUGGAUCUCAUUGAUGCCAUUCAACCAGGUUCCAUUAACUAUGACCUUCUGAAGACAGAAAACCUGGAUGAUGAAGAGAAACUCAACAAUGCAAAGUAUGCCAUCUCUAUGGCCCGGAAAAUCGGAGCAAGAGUGUAUGCCCUUCCGGAAGACCUGGUUGAAGUGAACCCCAAAAUGGUCAUGACGGUGUUUGCUUGCCUCAUGGGGAAAGGAAUGAAGAGGGUGUAAGGCCCAGUGGGGUGGGGCUGGAAGUGGCACACACUCAUUCCUGGCUGCUCAGCACGGGAUGCCUGCAGGAAGCGUGGGGACAGUUUCAGGCCAUUCCCAAGUUUCUAUCUUGGUGACAUUGUACAUGACUCCAAAAAGUGUAUAUUUGUUCAGCCAAGCAGCCUUUCCUGUACUUAACAAAAAGUGCUUCAUCCUUUGCAAAAGACCUAAUCUCUUACAAGUAUUUUUUUAUUGUUGAAUAUAUUGCCUCUUUGAAAAUCCAGAGAUGAAAUGAACUUUCCAGGCACCCUUCCUGCUUUUUCCAUUAGUCAAGUAUAGAGGCUUCAGUGAUACUGAUUUUAAUAUAAAAUUUCAAACCAACUUAAUUUGACUAUCUACUUGUUCAAGGUGAGGACCAGGAGGUGAGGAAUCAUCAAACCAGUCCUCAAGCCCGUUUCUGGAGGCCAAUGUUACAAGCCUCUCUUCCUGUCCCUCUCCUCCCACGUUCUAUCUCCCUGUGAUUUUGCUGUACCCUCUCACAGAACUAUGCUUUCUCUAUGGCCCUCUUUUACUGCCCGUCAUUAUCUUUGGGACACUUAGCACAUAUCACAAAUCAGUUAGGCUGCUGGGGUUCCCACAGUUUCCAGUAACCUGCAAAAAGAAGUAAGACUCAUCACCAGAGCUGUUCCUCAGAACUGAAGGUUUUUUAAGCUACUAGGAAGCCCUUUGUUUUUAACCCUAGGAUUUGAACUCAGACCAAAUCUAGUAUCUUGAACACGGUGCCUUCCAAUAGAUCAACUCAUGGUGGAAGUUUAGAUACAAGGAAGGUGUAAUUGAACAGAAUCCCACCAGGGGGCAGUGUGGGGCCAUAACAGAGCAUCUAUCCUUUCCAGUGCUUCCUGUCCGUGUAUUUAGCCCAGCUUGUCAGAUCUAGUUACUGUGGUAGUGCAAAAUAUCUGCUGACUGGAAACGAUCCGGCUCUGCUUUCAUACGCUCUUAGACCUUAGCGUAUCUGAUUGCUGCCAGGCCAUUAUCAAUGUUUACUUUUUUGGUACUGUAAAAGCUUUUUGCCACCCCCAAGCUCAAGGGAGCAAUAUGUGCCAAUGAUCAGUGCCCUUACCUUACCCCCUGCCACUCACACAGUCACAUUCACACAUACCUAGCCAGGUGUCAAGCUGAAUAAGAACUGGAUGAGUUGUUUUACAAAGACCUAAUUUACUGGAUAUUUAAAGAAUUCUGAAACAAAACCAGAACUGUGUGAAUUUGAGCAGCCCUAAUAGAUUAUACAAUUUCCAUAAAAAUCUAUGAAGGGCUAAAAAGCAACAGUGUUGUGAACCACUACACUCCCUCUAUCAUGGUGAAAGGGCUCAUUAAUGAAGCAUCUUUGAAAGUGACCUGUAUUGGUACUUAGCCAUUUAUCAAAGCAAUUGAAAUGCAUUGCCCCAAAUCUAUUCCUUGGCAGUGGGCUAAAGAAGCAAAUAUGUGGCUUCUUCUGGUCCAUACCCUGUAUUUCUGCCUCAUCUGAAUGCAAAGUGGUUGGUUCUUAGUCUGAACUUAAGGUAACCUCAGAUGAUUCCCCCGCAUCUGCCUCCAGGAAGAAUAAUGUUACUGCCGUAAUGGAAAAUAAAGAUAAAAGAAUACUCAAGAUCUCUCUAAAUAAAAUGUUCCCUAUACUA